ACUACUCUACUAGACAACAACACAAGCUCUCUCCUCCCCUCUCUCUCCAACCUCUUAGCCAUGGUGGAGAAGGAGCAGGUCAGACCACUAGCCCCGGCCACUGACUGCCCUAGCAGUGACCACGACGAGGCUGCCCUACACAUACAAAAACUCAAGCGUAAAAGAUACAUCAAAUGUUGUGGCAUAAUCUCAGCUCUCUUGUUACUUCAAGCCAUAGUGGUCAUAAUCCUAAUAUUUACUGUGUUCAAAGUUAAGGACCCUAUCAUCAAAAUGAACGGAGUGACAAUCACUAAGCUCGAGCUAAUCAACAACACAAUCCCCAAGCCUGGUGUCAACAUGUCUUUAAUAGCCGAUGUGUCUGUGAAAAAUCCAAACGUUGCAUCUUUCAAAUAUAGUAACACCACCACAACACUGUUUUACCAUGGCAGUGUAGUUGGUGAGGCACGAGGGCCACCAGGCAAGGCUAAGCCAAGGAGGACCAUGCAAAUGAAUAUCACAGUUGAUAUUAUCACAGACAGACUUAUAUCCAAUCCCAAUUUGCAAUCGGAUGUAGGGUCAGGGCUAUUGACUAUGAGCAGCUAUUCAAAAAUACCAGGGCGAGUGAAAAUGUUGAGUAUUAUUAACAAACAUGUUGUUGUGAAAAUGAAUUGCACCAUGACGGUUAAUAUUUCGAGCAAGGCAAUUCAAGAUCAGAAGUGCAAGAGGAAGGUUAGACUUUAGGAUAUGCUUGUUAAAAGCUUAAUAUAUAUAUAUAUAUAUAUAUAUAUAGUAGAUUUUAGUAAGAUAAACACACUAUGUGGAAGAAUUUUAUAUGUAGAAACGAUCAAACUUUUUUCUUCAGUUUCUA